AUGCAACAGCAGCAGCUCAACAUCUCCAACAGCUCCACUGCCCAUGUCUCGCUGGAGGUCCAGAUGGUCAGUGCCAUGCUGGGCUUCUGCUGUGCCCUGGGGGUGCCUGGCAAUCUGGUGGUGCUGGCCGUCCUCCGACACCGACUGGCCGGAGGAAACUUCACCCUCUGGCUGAUGCUGAACCUCUCUGUGUCCGACCUGCUGACUCUGCUCACGCUGCCUGUGUGGAUUUACACGCUGUGUCACGGCUGGAGCCUGGGCUUGAUGCCUUGCAAGCUUCUCUCCUACCUGGUGUACUGGAGCCUCUACACCAGCGUGCUGUGCAUCACUCUCCUGAGCGUGCAGCGCUACAUCCAGGUGCUCUAUCCGCAGCGCUGGGCCGAGCUCAAGUCGCCGGGGAGGAAGCUUCUGCUGGGCCUGGUGUGGGCUCUCGGAGGCAUUCUAUCCUGCCAUGCCCUGGUCCAGAGAGAAGUGAUGUUGGUGAAGAAGGAUGGGCGACUCCACUGCCUGCAACACUACAGGUGGGACGGGGAACAGGUGACCACACUCCUGCUCGAGAGCCUGCUGCUGUUUGUCCUUCCGUUCUCUAUCCUUGCGUCCCUAUACGUCAGCCUGCACAGGAGGGUGACGCAGACCAUUCGUUCGGGACACGAGAGGAUGAAGAAGCUGGUGGUCAGCAUCAUCGUGGUGUUCUUCAUUUUCUACAUUCCCAUCCACCUCAACAAUUUGUUCACCAUCGUGGCAGUUUCUUUAGGAUCGAAGGACCUCCUGCGGUUUUCCAGGGUCACUAAGAAUGCCGCUGGAGCAUUGACUUUCAUCAACAGCUGUGUGAACCCCUUCCUGUACGCUUUCUCCCACCGGGAAUUACGUCAGUCCACAGCCAUGCCACUGAAUCUUGCACUCAAUCCAAACAACACACUAGACCCAACCGCAUCCUCAAAUCUAUAGAUAUUGCUCCUAUAAUGAACAGCAGGUGAUGUCAUAUUAGAUAGUUCACUGCCUGAUCAGAUCAGGCCUCAACAAUUGAAAAUGGCCAGAUGUACAGUAAGUCAUGUCCACUGAGACAAUCUAUCAUUAAUGUUUGAUGUUUCCAUCUGUGUUUACCAAUUGUUGCAUUCACAUUAGUUGAGAUUAUAUUAGCCCAAAACGCUUGAGAUUACAUUAGCCCAAAACGCUUGAUCUCGAGUUUUCAUGUUACUUGCCGCUGCCGUUGUUUGCAAUUCAACAACCUAAUUUGGGUGCUUUCCAUACGUCUUCAACAUGCUGAUUUUUACUUGCAUAAAAAACUUUAGACCUUACAAACAAGAAUGCAUUGUCAACAAUAGUUAUUAGCAAUUACAUUCAAGAUAAUAAAUGAUAAUAAA